GCUCAGGCCGUGUGGUCGGAGGAAAUACAGCAAUUCAUGGUUCGGCGCCCUACAUGGUCCGAAUCUUGGAAUACAGGCCUGAGAAUGCACGGGAUCCAUGGACCUUCAUCUGCGGUGCGACACUCCUGGACCAGAGGUGGAUUUUGACUGCUGCGCAUAGCAUGUUUGACAAGCAUGGAAACUUGAUUCAAAAGGAAAACAUGAAUUUAUUUUUUGGUGAUUAUGAUUCAUACCUUACAGAAGAGUCUGAAAAGAGUCGACAGCCAGCGGAAAUUAUUGUGCAUGAGGAUUAUGACAAGACAAACUUUGAUAAUGACAUUGCCCUGAUACGGAUCGACCCACCACUGUGGGAGUUUACUCCUUACAUUCGUCCUAUAUGCCUGGCUCCUAGUCUUCUGGCCAGUCGUAUCAUGGAGACCAAUAACAACGGACGCGUGACCGGAUGGGGACAAGAGUCUCUUAAAAGUUCAACCAGUCGGUUUAUGAAGGAGGUGGAGUUACCUAUUGUUGACCGGCAAACUUGCGAGGAGAGUGUUGACGAAGAUGAAGGAGAGUUUACUGACAACAUGUUCUGUGCUGGUUACCCCAUUGCGCUGCAUGACGCUUGCAGUGGUGAUACUGGGGGUCCAUUUGCUUUCCGUCAUGAUGAUGGACGGUGGUAUCAACUGGGUAUUGUAAGCUGGGGCAUCGGGUGUGCUUUUGAGGGGGAAUACGGGUUCUACACAAGCGUCUCUAGAUAUCUUCAUUGGUUACGUUCUAAGAAUGUAACAGUUGCAUAUUCUUCGAACGUGGCGAGACGGUUCAACGAGAGUCAACCCAUUGAGGCACUGGCCUUUACAGUUAGAUCUCCUAGCACUUUGACUGUUGCAGCAGGUAGCGCAGUCGACCUCGAGUGUUUCCCUAACAGAGGUGAUGCGUCUGUUCAGUGGUUCAUAAAUAACAGACCAGUGAGAAACCUUGUGGAAGGAGUGCGUUUUCUACCUUCUGGACUAGUCUUACACUUUGACGCCAUAGAGAAUAGUUUCUCUGCAGUUUACUCGUGCGAGGCCAGGGUCAAUGAUGAGGAGGGAGAACAAGUCAUCAGGGCAAACUUCCAACUACAGGUUACUGGAGCUUGAUGAUGUUCAGUCCGACCCAACUCGACAAUGCAAUAAUCAUGGAUGAAAGGAGAGAUGUUGUGUUUUUCUACUUCUAUUCCUUAAAUAUCUACUUAAAUUUCGAACCACUGUAUGUUUGGUGUGAUUAACAAUUGUUGGAUAUAACGAUUAGUGAUUUAAAUUAUAAAUAUAUGCCCACAAUUAUUUUGUACUUCUUAAAAUUGAGCCAGGAGCGUAAAUGUUGAGAGAAACACCGAA